AUGUUUAACUUUUAUAAACAGAAAAUGCCAAAAAAUGAAGCUGAUUUAAAAUGGAUAUGCCGUGAAUGUACUUACAGUAAUUGGCCUUCAGCUAAAAAAUGUGUAAUGUGUAACAUUUUAUGUUUACAGAAUAAUCGAUGGAAUCUUGUUUUAGAUGAAACCAAUAAUGAUGAAAUUAUAAAUGAAGAAAUUAUAUUACUUAGUGAAAAAAACUCUGCAAAUAAUGACAAAAACUUAAAAUGGAAUUGUCCAGCUUGUUCUUAUUUAAACUGGAUAAAGUCUGAACUGUGUAUUAUGUGCAAAACUGAUAAACCUGAUGAGUUCAAGUUAGUUGAAUCUCUUAAAAAUAUUGAAAACAAUGCUGAAUGUAGAAGUGAUCUUAAAGAAAGAAAAACAAUUAUAAAAGUUCAUAAAUGGAUUUGCAUUAAAUGUACUUAUGAAAACUGGCCAAAAGCGGUGAGAUGUAUUAUAUGUCAACAUCCUCGUAACAAGAACUGUAAGCCUGAUGAUUUUAUAAGACAAGGUGAUAAAAUACAGAACAAAAGUACAAUAAAGAAAACUAAUAGAAAUAAAACCAAUUCUCCUCGUUGGUCACCACCUCGAUCACCAACCUCUUUGCAGUCUGGUAAUAUAUUUGAUAUGCCAACUCUAGAUGAAUCAAAAAUACUAAAUAUUACAGAAUCUUUUGAAAAAAUGACAUGUCAAAGUGAAGUUAACCAAAGAAUUAAUCAGAUUUGCAAUCGCUUAUCUACUAAAGACCUAAUGUGGUUAGCAGCAUGUAGAGGGGUUGUGGAACAUGACAUUAAGGCUGUAUCAGCUUAUUUAGCUAAUGGUGGUGACCGAGCAAGACAAUUAACCUCUGAUGAUGUUUUGGUUCUAAAUGAGCCACAGCAUUAUGAGACUGGACAUACACUUGUACACUUAUCUAUACGAUAUCACCGUGAAGAUAUUUUAAGAAUGUUGCUUAUAUCAGAGAUACCCCAUCGUUCUGUUAAAAAACUUCCAUGUCAUGUUUGUCCAGAGUUAUCCAUGGCAAUACGUAAACAACUGUUGCAUUCUAUUCGAACAAGGAAAGGAGAAUUUAAUUGUCCUUUUUUUACUGAGCUUGUUACCUUUUCUCUUCCUGGUGAGAUUUUAACAUUUGAUACUGUACUUCAGCACCAACUAUUUAAAGAAAUAUUAGAUACAGAUGUAAGAAAAGUUCUUGAAGAAGAAUCCUUGAUUAACUGGAGUUCAGAGCUUACUAAUCAGUAUGGUAGUCGUUUAUGUCCAUUAUGGAAUCGUGCUGCUGGUGACUGCUUAUUAGACAGUGUGCUUCAAGCUACAUGGGGUGUUUUUGAUCGAGAUAAUGCACUACGUAAAAAACUUUUUGAAGCUCUUUCAGAGGGUCAGCAUCGGUUUUUCCCUCGUUGGCAAGAAGCAGAAGAAAUGCAGGCAAGUGAGAUGAAUUAUAGUCUGGAAGAACAACAAUGGAAACAUGACUGGGCUAACCUAGUUGGACUUUCUGCAAUGGCUGGAAGUAGUUUAGAACAAACUCAUGUUUUUGCCUUAGCACAUAUUUUGCGUAGACCGAUUAUUAUAUAUGGUGUAAAGUAUGUGAAAAGUAUGAGAGGAGAAUCUAUCGAUUUAGCCAGGUUUGAAGGAGUUUAUCUGCCUUUAUUAUGGGAUGUCGAUUUUUGUUGGAAAAAUCCUAUUGCUUUGGGUUACACCCGUGGACACUUCUCUGCACUUGUGCCUAUGGAACGCCCUAGUUACUCAAGUUAUGCUGGCGCAGGCGCUCAUAUGGAAUGGAAUGAAGAUGAUACACAUGUAACAUACCUUCCAUUAAUUGAUCAUGAAGGGCAUCUUCUUCCAGUUCACUUUCUCACUAUGGAUGAGAUUGGACUUGAAGAGCAACUUUUACAGAAGCGACUCGACUGCUGCUUAACUGACACUGGCAUUUUAGCAGCUAAACAAGUAAUUACACCUAGGCCGGCUUUAGUUAGCCAAAUGAUUGACGAAUGGAUGAAUCGUUAUAGAAAAAUACAAGCUGAAUUAAGUGAAUCAAAAGGCGCUUCUAAAUAAAGGGUGCUUCUAAAACGAGUUAAAACUCGUCCUAUUAGUUAUUUAAUAUUCUAACUUUCUUUGAUUGUCUUUUGUCAAUCUACUUUGUAUAUAAGAUAUUAUUAGUGUAUAUUUUUCCUACACAUAUCCUUUUGAUAAAAAGUUAUAUUUAAAAAGUAGAAAAGUUUUUUUUGAAGAAUAAUUUUUAUAGCUACCUUUGUUGACAAAAAAGCAUAAUUGGCUUGCAGUACAUUUGCAAUGAAUUCAACAUUUACUAGAAUUAAGUUGGUUUACAUUAGGUGUUUAUUUUUGUGUUUUUUUUUUUAACUGUCGUGUAAAUAACUAGAAGACAUUUAUAUUCGAAUUAAAAAGGUUUUUUUUAAAAAAAUUAAAAAUCUUUCAUUGAAAAAGAUGUUGUCAUAUAUUUGUAAAAAAAAAAAGUUUUUCA